CGAAUGGGCGUCAAGGCCACUCUCAAGAUGGCGGCAAAAGGACGGCGCUAAGAUAAUGCCACUCCCAAGAUGAAGGCAGGGGGCUGGCCCCGGAGAAAGAGCGGAAGUGAGGAGACGCUGAGUGCAGGGAUUGGGGAGGACAGUAAUGGCAUCAACCUGAUGGAGUUCUCAGAUGAGAUUCUUUUGCACAUCCUGAGCUACGUUCCUUGCACAGACCUUGUUCUGAAUGUGAGGAGAACCUGCAGAAAGCUUGCAACUCUUUGUCUUGACAAGAGUUUAACCCACAUGGUGCUACUUCAUAAAGAAUAUCAGGUCAACAAGGACAAAGUGAAGCAGCUAAUGAGGGGGAUUGGAAAAGAGAUCCACCAGCUGAACAUGGCUGGCUGCUACUGGCUCCCCAGUCACACCAUUGACCAUGUAAUACGAUGCAAGAACCUGGUGAAGCUGAACUUGUCUGGCUGCCAUCUCACCUCCCUCCGCCUCUCCAAGAUACUCUCCGCUCUCCAGCACUUGCGCUCACUGGCAAUUGAUGUAAACCCUGGUUUUGAUGCCGGCCAGUUAAGCAGUGAAUGUAAAGCCACCCUUAGUCGUGUACUGGAGCUCAAGCAGACCCUUUACACACCGUCAUAUGGAGUGGUUCCAUGCUGCACCAGCCUUGAGAAACUGCUGCUCUAUUUUGAGAUCCUAGACCGAUCCCGAGAAGGCUUAAUUUUGUCUGGGCAGCUGAUGGUGGGUGAAAGUAACGUCCCCCACUACCAGAACCUUCGUGUCUUUUAUGCUAGGUUGGCUCCUGGCUAUGUCAAUCAGGAGGUGGUGAGGCUGUAUCUGGCAGUGCUAAGUGACCGGACCCCAGAGAAUCUUCAUGCCUUCCUCAUUUCUGCCCCUGGCAGUUUUGCAGAGAGUGGAACCACUAAAAACCUUUUGGACUCCAUGGCUCGAAAUGUAUCUUUGGAUGCUUUGCAAUUGCCCAAAUCCUGGAUUAAUGGCUCUGGCCUCCUUCAGCACUUGAAAUUCAACAACCCUUUCUACUUCAGCUUUAGCCGUUGCACCUUAUCUGGUGGCCACCUGAUCCUGCAGGUUAUUAAUGGAGGGAAGGACCUCAAAAGCUUGACCAGUUUGAAUCUCAGUGGCUGCAUUCGCUGUCUGUCUUCUGACUCCUUGUUUCGGAAGGCAGAAGAUGAUAUUGACAGCAGCAUUCUGGAGAGUCUGGUUGUUUCCUGCUGCAAUCUGAGACAUCUGAACCUUUCUGCUGCCCACCAUCACAGCUCGGAAAGCCUAGGGAAGCAUUUGUGCCAGCUCCUGGCACGGCUAAAGCACCUGCUGUCUUUGGCGCUGCCGGUUUGCUCCAUCACAGAUGUUUCUACAAAUACAGACAAGCCACCUGUGCAGUCUAUGACUAAUGUGGUGCCCCCAGGCCUUGGAAAGAAAAUCCGGAUUGGGGUGCCAACAUACACCAAGAACUUCUUGGAGCAGUCAAAUCAGAAAUCUCAAUCCUCUGUUUUUUGGACUCUAUUGGAGAACCUCCCAUUUUUGAAAAACUUGGAGUUAAUUGGGUCCAACUUUUCCUCUGCCAUGCCCCGGAAUGAGCCAGCAAUUCGGAACUCACUGCCCCCUUGCAGCCGGGCACGGAGCGUUGGGGAUUCAGAGGUGGCUGCCAUUGGCCAGUUGACCUUUUUGCAGAACCUCACUUUAGCACAGCUGCCUAGUAUCCUGACUGGUUCUGGACUUGUUAGCAUUGGAUUGCAAUGCCAGCAUCUGCGGAGUCUCUCAUUAGCCAACCUGGGCAUGAUGGGAAAAGUGGGCUAUACAUCUGCCCUCAUGGACAUGCUGAAGCACUGCAAGUGCUUGAGGGAUCUCAGGCUAGAGCAGCCGUACUUCAAUGCUAACACCCAGUUCUUCCAGGCACUGAGUCAUUGUUCUGCUCUCCAGCGCCUUUGUAUCAUCUCCCGGAGUGGGACUCUGCAGUUUGAUGCAGUGAUGUCAUUCAUGGCCAACUGCCUUGAGGUCGUCAUGUGCCACAUGUUUAUGGGAGAAUCUCUCACAGUUUGCAAAACUCUUCAGCAGACCAUUUUACAGAGGCCAGCUCCCCUCUUCUCCCUCCCUCGGCGGCUGCUUUCCAGCAUCCUUUGAAUUUUCAAAAUGGCUAACCUGGUUAGAAGUAAUGAUAAAAGGAUGGAUGAGGCCUGGCUAUUAACAUGGUUGCUGUUAGCAGCAGGAUCUCAGCCAUAAAACAUGAAGCAAGGGAGACAUUGACCUUUCUGCUGUUUUGAAAUGAAUGGAGACAUCAAUAUCUAUUGUUUUCAGUGGCAUUGACCUCUGACACUCUCACUUCUCCUUCUCCCUCGCUCUUUUAUUUCCUCCUGAUGCUUGGGGAGAGGGGUCAGUUUGUACCAUCUAUUGAUCCUGAUCUUACUUGGUGAUAGGGAAAUAAUUAGAAUUGUAAAAGAUCUACAACAUACUAGCACUAUAUAUACACAUACAUACAUCCAUCCUCCCCCCCGCCCCCCCAUGGAAAUUCAGAACUCCUAGAUCUGAAAGAAGGUCGAUCAAUUUAGGUUUAUUUACUAAAUGUUUUUUAUUUUAGCUUUGUAAAUGCUCAAGUGUAGCAUUUUAUGUUACUGUCACAGGAGUCUGGAUGCCUGGUGCCUUGUUUUAUUUAUUUAUUUUUUGUAAGUAGCCCCUCUUAUGUGAACAACUUCUACGCACUGAGAAUGUGAAAUCAGGCAUUGCUAAUUAGCUGUAUGACAAUUAAGUAAUGUAGCACAAAACCAUUAGGACAUCGGAUUUGUUUUUGAAGUUUCUCCUUUGAAGUGGAUGCUGCAACUCUGCCCAAGGCUGCUAGGGAAAUGUUUUUUUGUCAGAAUUUUCUUUGAAAAAUGUCAGUGUCAAGUCCCUGUUCUGUUGAGAAUCUCCUAUAUUCACUCCUAUAUAAACAGAGGGUGAAACUUUGUUGUCAAAAUGUUGAAUUUAAAAAAAGACAUUUAAGGAGCAGUUGGUCUCUAAGUAACAUCCUCUUUUUUGGUAUAACUGUUGCCGGAACCGUUGUUUCGGCUUGCUGUAUGAGAAUUGUGUUACAAUGAGUAUGUUACACCAAUAACACGAAAGCUAGAGGAGGUGGCUCCCAAAAUCAAGAAUUAGCUUGUGUUGUGCUAAAUGACACCAGGAACCCAAGCAGCCUGUUUGCAAAUGACUGACAAACUCCUCAGUUUUAACAGCUCCAUCUGUGCACUUGUUUCACAUUUGUAUUUACAGCUCGCUCUUUGGUCAUAAUAGUGAACCACAUUCUCAAUGUGCAAUUUUUCCAUGUACAUUUGUGGCAUGUAAAAGAUUUCAAAUAAAGAGUGAAACUGAUUUUAAAACAGGUCCA